GAGAUACACACAAAUUAUUUUUCAGAGCAAGUUUUUGAAGAUUCACUGAUUUACACUCAUAAGAAGCACACGGGGAAGAUGAAAAAUUCUUUCAGCAUCUUUCUUGCAGUUUUAUCACAUCACUUUUCUGGUACAAAAUGCUCCAAUGAAGCCACAGCAGACGGUGACAUCAUUAUCGGAGGAUUGUUCCCGAUUCAUGAAAGCGUUACUGUUACUGUGAAUGAUGAUGGCCGUGAAAACCGGACAUGUGACAGGUUUAGCACAGCUCGUCUGGUCCACUCUCUGAUAAUGGUGCACGCACUGGAGGAGAUAAAUCAGGAGCGAGAGUUGGGAAACCUCACCUUGGGAUACCUCAUACUUGACUCCUGUGGGGACCUACGAAGAGCCUUACGGAAGGCAACGUUCUACAUGGAGGAAAAAAGUUAUUCAUUUGAUCACCAUGGUGACCUCAACUCUGGAUAUGAUAUCAUCCUGUGGAAGCAGACUCAAGAUUCUCUAGAUGUGAACAACGUUUUAGCCUAUUACAGUAUAGAACACCAGAAUCUGACUUUCACCUCACAGGAAACACAACAGGCUCUUCAGAGACACAUAGGAAAUGUGACUUCCAGGUGCACAGACAGCUGUAGGCCUGGCUACAGGAAGACUUCAGUUACAGGCCAGCCUGGUUGCUGCUAUCAGUGUGAACCCUGUGCUGAGAACCAAUAUUCCAACUCCAAUGAUUCGGAGACAUGCCAUCCUUGCAAAGAAAACUAUUACUCCAAAAACACUAGUUCAGUGUGUUUACCCAGAAAAACUGAUUUUCUGAAAUGGGAUGAUGUAUAUCUUAUUGUGCUGCUGUCUUUUACUUCUUUAGGAGCAGUGCUUACCAUUGUUGUUGGGAUCAUCUUCCUUGCACACUGGAAUACCCCUGUUGUGCGCUCAUCUGUUGGCCCAAUCAGCAUCAUUCUCCUCCUCUCCCUUAUGAUCACAUUUACUAGUGUUAUAUUAUUUGGUGGUCAACCCAAUAGCUAUCAGUGUCAAGCACGGCAGGUGGUGUUUGGCUUGAGUUUUACCUUGUGUGUCUCCUGCAUCAUGGUCAAGUCCUUUAAGAUCGUCUUAGCCUUUGAGUUUGACCCGGUCAUUCAAAGUGUGCUGAAGAAGCUCUACAAGCCUUACCUCAUUAUUGCAGUCUGCAUGGCAGGUCAAGUGGUUAUUGUUACAACGUGGCUUAUACACAGUCCUCCAACUGCUGACUCAGAGAUCACACAGAACAACAUGAAACUGAUGUUUUGUAAUGAGAAAUUAAUUCCUGCAUUUGGAGCCAUGUUAGUCUAUAUUGGCCUUUUGGCUCUCAUCUGCUUUGGUGUUGCUUUUAAGGGACGAAAGUUGCCUGACAGUUACAAUGAUGCAAAGUUCAUCACUUUUGCAAUGCUCAUUUACUUCAUCUCCUGGAUCAUGUUUGGCCCAGUCUAUGUCAAUGUCACAGGCAAAUAUCUUCCAGCAGUGGAGAUGAUAGUUAUCCUCAUCUCAUGCUACGGCAUCUUGUUUUGUCAAUUUUUCACAAAGUGCUACAUUAUUUUGUGUAAGAAGGAAGCAAACACAGAGAAAGCGUUCCGUUGCAAUAUUAGGAAUUAUUCCAUGGAUCACAAAGGCAGUGAGGAUGAGCUGUCAUCCAACAGAGUUGAAAACCCUACUUUAUCUGCAUCAGUUGAGUCACAGGAUAACUGGAAUUCAGUCACACCGCCCUGUGUUUCCUCAAACUCUCUCUUUCCAGUCUCAAACUCAUGGAAUAAUGUCCUUGAAAACAACCUGAAAUCCACUAAGAAGACCCUACAGAGAUACAAUAGCUUACCACCAUCACUAAUCAAAUGAUUCACAAUAGUUAAAAAGGUAUUCAAACAAUUGGAGUGUAAAGGGGACUAAAUAUUAGAGUCUAUGCAUUUUUAAGUCUUUAAAGUUGUUUAUCAAGUUGUUGAACAUCUUUAUCGCCAUCUUGUGCCAGUAAAAAAUGUGACAUCAUCCAGGCUGGUUGGUUGGUUGCAGCUAAUAGACUUACAUUAAUUUAUGUUAGCUAACUAGUGACAGAACCAAUAGUUUC